AUGGGUCGUAAUCUUAGUCCGAUACUGCGGCAAGAGUUGGCCAAUCUCGACAAAGAUGCCCACAGUCGGAAAUCGGCAAUGAAAGCACUGAAAUCAUAUGUGAAAGACUUGGAUUCGAAAGCAAUACCUGUGUUUCUUGCUAAAGUUUCCGAGACCAAAGAAACCGGAUCCGUGUCCGGCGAAUACACGAUCUCGCUCUACGAGGUUCUUGCUCGAGUGCACGGCGUGAAGAUUGUACCUCAGAUCGGUAGUAUCAUGUCGACUAUCGUUAAAACGUUGGCUUCGAGUGCAGGGUCCUUUCCUCUUCAACAGGCGUGUUCGAAGGUUGUGCCUGCAAUUGCGAAAUACGGGAUCGAUCCAUCGAGUCCAGAAGAUGAGAAGAGGCAUAUAAUCGACUCGCUUUGUAACCCUCUUUCAGAAUCCGUUUUGAGCUCCCAAGAAAGCUUGAGUUCCGGGGCCGCACUUUGCUUGAAGGCGCUCGUUGAAUCGGAUAACUGGAGGUUUGCAUCAGAUGAGAUGGUGAACAAAGUCUGCCAAAGCGUCACCGGGGCCUUGGAGGAGAAGUCGUCUCAGAUGAAUGCACAUAUGGGGCUGGUUAUGGCUUUAGCAAAGUGCAAUGCUCUAAUUGUUGAAGCAUAUGCUAGAUUGUUGAUCAAAUCCGGGUUGAGGAUAUCGAAUGCAGGCAUUACCGAAGGUAAUUCUCAGAAACGAUUUUCGGCUAUACAGAUGAUAAAUUUCUUAAUGAAAAACUUGGAUCCGUGGAGCUUGUUUUCCGAGGUGGAAUCGAUUGUGGAAGAGAUGGAGAAGUGUCAAUCCGAUCCAAUGGCCUAUGUUAAGGGGGCUGCGUAUGAGGCUUUGCAAACUGCAAAGAAGAUAGCUGAAGGGUCGAAUUCUGGCCAGAGGGAUCACGGUCGUAGAAAGAACUCAGUCGUUACCGGAGAUAGAUCCCAGGCAACUUCUUCACCGGAAUCGAGGACACUCGAUCCCUCUAUGGAAUAUGAUUCUUUGCUCGAUUCACCAAUUUCAUCGACUCAAAUUUCUUGCACAACAGAAUAUGAUCAAAAGAGUGUGAAUCGACAGCUUUGGACAUAUGAAAAAGGAGAUGGUGAUGUAUCUGUUGAUGAUGGUUUGUUAUCUGCGUUGAAUCAUUCGGUUUCUGAUCAUCAUGAACCGAUUAGCAAUAACAGAUCAGAUUACAUCAAUGAAUUUGCAGGGCUAUCGAAUAGAAGUGCCACUCGAAGUCCAACGAGGUUGAUUUCUAGGAUUAACGUGGAGAACCUCUUUACGACUCCGAGGAAGCUUCUUCACUCCCUUCAAGAUCCUAACUCGGAUUACGCUGAGAAACUAACCCACAGGCUCAUGAGUCCCCACUCAGAGUAUUCCGGACGGAGUCCAACCACAGUCCGGAGCCAUUCUUAUCACAACAUGGUUUACGAAAUCAAAGGGAAAGGACAUAUGCACACUGAUGGUGAGAAAUUUCACAGAGUUUCGGAAUCCAUGUCAUCAACCGACGACAAUCUGGCUGAUAUUGCUGAUGUCCGAAGGUCUCGUGAGGCUGUUCCUCCGACUGAAACACAGGAGUUUCACAGUGGAAAAGGCUGUAAGAAAACAGCUUAUAAAAUGGCCUUCGCCCUGUUUUUGGUUUUAGUUGCAGUUCUCACUGCGUUGUGGACUGAAGUUCAGGACGAAAGCUUCAAUGUUGUCCCAACAUAA